UAUGAUUCAAUGGACCAAGGAAAUGGCUCUGUGGUAACUGAGUUCGUGUUACUGGGACUUGCACAGUCCUUGGGAAUGCAGGUUUUCCUUUUUCUUUUCUUCUCUUUGUUCUAUCUGGGAAUUAUCUUGGGAAACCUCUUCAUUAUGUUAACAGUGAUUUUUGAUUCUCACUUACACUCCCCCAUGUAUAUCCUGCUGGCCAACCUAUCACUCAUUGACCUGGGUCUUUCAUCCACCACAGUUCCUAGGAUGAUCUCUGAUCUUUUCAGUGGUUGCAAAAUCAUUUCCUUCCAUAACUGCAUGAUACAAAUGCUCUUUUUUCAUGAUGGAGGAGUUGAGAUGGUACUGCUCAUAGCCAUGGCAUAUGACAGGUACACAGCCAUUUGCAAGCCUCUCCACUAUCUAACUACUAUGAAUCCAAAAAUGUGCAUGCUUUUGAUAGUGGCUGCUUGGAUCACUGGGGUGAUUCAUGCUGUGUCUCAGUUUGUUUUUGUCAUAAAUUUACCAUUCUGUGGCCCUAAUAAUGUGGGGAGCUUUUAUUGUGAUUUUCCUAGGGUUAUUAAACUUGCAUGCAUGGACACUUACAGACUAGAAUUUGUGGUCACUGCCAACAGUGGCUUCAUAUCUAUGGGCACCUUUUUUUUCUUAAUUGUAUCAUACAUCUUUAUUCUGAUCACUGUCAGACAACAUUCUUCAAAAGAAUCCAAAGCUUUUGUCACUCUAUCAGCUCACAUCACUGUAGUGGUUUUGUUUUUCACUCCGUGCAUGUUUCUCUAUGUGUGGCCUUUCCCUACCAAGUCAAUGGAUAAAUUUUUUGCCAUUGUGGACUUUGUCAUCACUCCUGUAUUAAAUCCUGCCAUCUAUACUUUAAAGAACAGAGAUAUGAAGGUGGCAAUGGGAAGGCUGAGUUGA